GAACACAGGCGAAGGCGGUCCAGCUCCUGUUCCGGAGACGGCAGGCAAUGUGUGACGCCCAUGGUUGCGGAGCACAGUGAAGCCUCAGAAAAAAUCAAGGCUCGCAUCCAGAGCUGCUUGGCCAGCCGUGCCGGCAAUGGCAGGAGCAAGCAUUGGAAGGGCGAGGGCCCUGAGAAGACGGCGCCACCCAAGGAGGUGGCUGAAAAGCCACGAGGCCGACAUUCUCAGAGAAGCGGAAGCAGGUCUCCCAAAAUUGCUGAGAUCCCGAAAGAGGGGUGGGGGGCAAGCUCUCGAUCCACGUCUGCCGGCGUGAGUCCACAACGAGAAGGAGUACCGCCAGCUGCCUUGGGGCCACCAGUGCCGCGGCAGCUUGGGCGGACGCCCAGCCCACAGGGAAGACCAGAGCCGCCAGGAGGCAGCAAUCUCUUGGACGUCUAUCGCAAUAUCUUCGAAGAGAUCAUCUUGCUUGAUCAUCAGUACGGGGCCACUCUCAGAAAGGUGAAAUCCAUCUACGAUUCUCACCUGGAUGGCCUUGAAGAGUUGCGGCGCGAGAAUGAUCGCCUACGUGCAGCCCUGGCACCAGGCCCCGGUGCCUGGAACCCCGUACGCCGGGCCUCCGCACCGGCCAUCGGGCCGCUGGUGGCGCCCAUGGCGCCCGUGGCGCCCGUGGCGGCGCCACUGGCGGUUCCGGCCAUGGCUGCACCAGCUCAAUUUCAUGGCGCUGGGCCAUUGGUGCCAAAGUUGAAUUUGCAAGGGAUAUAUCCCGCAAAUUGA